CGGGAGCUAGUAUAAAUGUGCUGCUGUUCGCACGGGGGUAAUAGGGGCCAAAAAACACCCUCCCCCUCUCUGGAUGUAAGCGCGCCACUGGCCAUGGCCACUCUGGAGGGCUGUCAUUGUCAGGGCGCCGGGGGGCAAAACAAUAACAACAGCAUCCUGUACAACAUACUGAAGAACAACAGCCUCACGACCACCGAGGAACCAACAUCACAACCACAACACAGACAGCAGCACCAAGUGCUCAAGGUCUCCUCCUGCUCCUCUUCUUCGAGGUUUGAGCUUAGGCAGCAACAGGCUUGCUCUUGCGGUUCCUCGCUGCGACGGGGGUCUCUCCGGUCCCCCCAGGUGACUUGCAAAGCCGCAUCGGCGGUCCUCAUGAAAACUCUGCGAUUUGUAAAGAACGUGCCGUGUUUCCGCGAGCUUCCCGAGGAUGACCAGCUGCUGCUCGUUCGGAACGGCUGGGUGCCGCUGCUUGUGCUGGGCCUCGCGCAGGACCGGGUGGACUUCGAGACCACGGAGACCGCGGAACCUAGCAUGUUGCAGCGGAUCCUGACCGGCGGCUGUGUCAGCCAAGGCGGCUUAAUGGACAGACAGGUUGAGCCGGAGCAGAGCGCGGGAACACCCGGGGUCUCUCUCGCGGAUAUCCAGGGCAUCAAAGCGUUCCUGAAAAAGUGUUGGGGUUUAGACAUCAGUACCAAGGAAUAUGCCUACCUCAAAGGAGCCGUGCUCUUCAACUCAGAUCUCCCUGGUCUGUGCUACCUCAACUACAUCCAGUCACUGCGGAGCGAGGCUCACCAGGCUCUCAACGAGUAUGUGAAGCUGAUCCACCGGGACGACGCCACACGCUUUGCCAAGCUGCUCAUCGCCCUGGCCAUGCUGAGGGCCAUCAGUCCCCCGGUGGUGGCACAACUCUUCUUCAAGCCCAUCAUUGGAGCCGUCAAUAUGGAGGAGGUCCUGAUGGAGAUGUUCUAUGGGAAGUAGAGGCUUUCUAUGGUCCUGUCCAGAUACAACCCCUAGAUAUAGCCCCCAAGUCCUUCUCUUAGUCCUUACUCCCUAGGCAAUUUCACCUAUUCCCUACCCACUAGAAACCUGACCUUGCCCUAGACUCUCCACCCCCAUUUCCCCACUUCUGCUAGCCCCUAGCUCCUAUUGGAUAGUAAUAAGCAAAAAAACAUGCCCAAUACGGGAACAAUAUGAUAGCUCCACCUUGCCCUCCGGUUGGCUAUAAAGGAACAAUAUGAUAGCUUCACCUUGCCCUCCAGUUGGCUAUGAAGGAACAAUAUGAUAGCUUCACCUUGCCCUCCGGUUGGCUAUAAAGGAACAAUAUGAUAGCUCCACCUUGCCCCCGGUUGGCUAUAAAGGAACAAUAUGAUAGCUCCACCUUGCCCUCCGGUUGGCUAUAAAUGAACAAUAUGAUAGCUCCACCUUGCCCUCCAGUUGGCUAUAAAGGAACAAUAUGAUAGCUCCACCUUGCCCUCCGGUUGGCUAUAAAGGAAAAAUAUGAUAGCUCCACCUUGCCCUCCAGUUGGCUAUAAAGGAACAAUAUGAUAGCUCCACCUUGCCCUCCGGUUGGCUAUAAAGGAAAAAUAUGAUAG